AUGUCUAAGACAUACACCCGCGCCGAGGUGGCCAAGCACACCACCGAAGACUCGCUAUGGUUCGUGAUCGACAGCAAAGUCUACGACGCAACCGACUUCGUCGACGCCCACCCCGGCGGCGAGUCCGUCCUGCGCCAGGUCGCCGGCCAAGACGCCACCGUCUCCUUCUACAACCUGCACCGCCACGAGGUCCUCUCCAAGUACGAGGACCUGUGCAUCGGCACCCUCGAGGGCGAGAAGCCCCAGGUCAUCACCCCGCAGCCCGGCGACCUCAGCACCGUCCCCUACGCCGAGCCCCUGUGGCUGACCCCGAACUACAAGAGCCCCUACUACAACGACAGCCAUCGCCGCCUGCAAAAGGCCAUGCGCAUCUUCACCGACACCCACAUCACCCCUGAAGCCCAGGCCCGCGAGGCCGACGGCAAGUACAUCAGCCAGAGCCUCGUCGACAUCAUGGCCAAGAACGGGCUGAUCCGCAUGCGCCUCGGCCCCGGCAAGCACCUGCACGGCGUAGAGCUACUGGGCGGCGCCGUCAAGGGCGAGGAGUUCGACUACUUCCACGACAUGAUAAUAGGGCAGGAAGGCGUGCGCCCCAACGCGCGCGGGUUCCAGGACGGUUUUCUGGCGGGCAUGGUGAUCGGCCUGCCGUGCGUCAUGCACUACAUGAAGGACCAGGCACGGCGAAAGGCGAUCAUGGAGGAGGUGUUCACGGGUAAGAAGUACAUGUGCCUAGCCAUCACCGAGGCCUUCGCGGGCUCCGACGUGGCGGGCCUGCGCACGACCGCGACCAAGACGCCCGACGGCAAGCACUACAUCGUCAACGGCACCAAGAAGUGGAUUACCAACGGCGUGUUCAGCGACUACUUCGUCACCGGCGUCAAGACGGACAAGGGGCUGAGCGUUCUGCUCAUCGAGCGCGGCGAGGGCAUAGAGACCAAGGCUAUCAAGACCUCGUACUCGCCCACCGCCGGCACCGCGUACAUCACCUUCGACAAUGUCAAGGUGCCUGUUGAGAACCUGCUCGGCGAGGAGAACAAGGGCAUCUACGUUAUUCUGAGCAAUUUUAACCACGAGCGAUGGACUAUGGCUUGCGGCGUAAUCCGCAACUGCCGCACCGUCGUCGAAGAAUGCCUCAAAUGGUCCCACCAGCGCCUCGUCUUCAACAAGCGUCUAAUCGAGCAGCCCGUCAUCCGGCAGAAGCUCGCCAAGAUGAUCGCGCUCUGCGAGUCGCACCAGUCCUGGCUCGAGACGCUCACCUACCAGAUGUGCCACAUGCCGUACGAGCAGCAGGCGAAGCACCUCGGCGGGCCCAUCGGCCUGCUGAAGAUGAGCGCCACGCGCGCGGCGCACGAGAUCGCCGACGAGGCUGUGCAGAUCUUUGGCGGGAGGGGGCUCACGCAGUCCGGCAUGGGACGCGUGAUCGAGAUGUUCCACCGCACGUACAAGUUCGAUGCCAUUCUUGGUGGUGCCGAGGAGGUUCUGGGCGACUUGGGCGUGCGGCAGGCGAUGCGGCAGAUGCCUAAUGCCAAGUUAUGA